AUAUAUGUAUGAGAGAGAGAGAGAGAGAGAGAGAGAGAGAGAAUCUGUAGAAGAAGACGACGAAUACAAGCCAGUUGAGGAGAAGAAACGGAAUAAAAAUCCAAUAAACUGUGAGAUUCUGAUUUUUGUUACAUUAUUUUAUUAUUUUCUGUCGGAUUCACAUUGUAUCGCGAUCGGAGAACGUUUGGCAUUCGAUCGAAGUCAAAUAUCUCUUCCAGUUGAGCUAGGAAUUGUUUGUAUUGACCAUGGCAAAUUUUGAGGGACAAUCUAGCAUCAGGAAUGUGAUGUUCAAUGGGAAGAGUCCUUUACUGCCUCCUAAAAGUCCAUUUCCUAGCUUAUCUCCAUCAUAUAUUGAGUAUACCCCUUCUUUCGGUCACAAAGGCAUUCCAAAACCGAGGGAAGGUAAUUCACACCAUCAGCGUACCUCCUCUGAAAGCUUUCUGAUAGAGGAGCAGCCAUCUUGGCUUGAUGAUCUUCUUAAUGAGCCAGACACCCCUGUACGUAGAGGUCAUCGGCGCUCAUCAAGUGACUCUUUUACACAUUACGAUGCUCCUAAUGUUGCAAACUUAGAUUUCAUAGUUCAAGAUCAUAACAAGUUUAGAAACAUGAUGCCUAUCCGUUCGUGGGGAUCCCAAGAAUUUGAUUACCACGGAGAUGCUCACCACACUGCUUUCUAUGGGGAUCAUAACUCUUCAAAUAGACACAAGAACAGGACAAGAGAUGCAUCUCCAAAUAAAAAUAUGCAUCCACAUGGCAUCCCUUCUCCAAAAGAAAAUCUUAUUGUUCAAAGCUCGGGAUCACCAUGUCCCCCACAAGGAGACAGGGCUCAAUCUCCAGCAACUGACAAGCAGGAUCUACUCGAAUCUGGCCCACCUGAUCCAAACAGCUCUGCUGAGAAGUGGGAUUCACUUGUCAAGAAUUCUUCUUCUGGAACCGACAAAAAGUACUCAAGGCAGCAAUUUGCUCAGCGUUCAAGAGUCCGGAAGCUUCAAUACAUAGCUGAGCUGGAAAUGAAUGUUCAAGCUCUACAGGCUGAAGGCUCUGAAGUUUCCGCUGAGCUUGAAUUCCUUAACCAGCAAAAUCUUAUCAUGAACAUGGAGAAUAAAGCGCUAAAGCAGCGUUUAGAAAGUUUAACUCAAGAAAAGCUUAUAAAGUAUUUGGAACAUGAAGUUUUAGAGAAAGAAAGAGAAAGACUAAAAGCUUUGUAUCAACAACAGCAACAACCACAACCCCAACAGCAACAGAAGCAACAAUCCCAUGGUCAUCGCCGCACCACAAGUAGAGAUCUUGAUCAACAAUUUAAAAACCUCUCUUUUGAAAAAUAAAGAGGCUGGAUCCGGCCAUGAACCCCCCUCCUCCGUCUGGGCAAAUGCACAUCUGACCACCACAAAUAUAGCUCUUCUCGAGUGUUCCUCGGUUCAUUUUACCCCAUUUCGACACAUGCUAUUGAGCUGAGUUCUUGUUCUCUGGCUCGACUCUUAAUUUCUGUUGUAAUGGUUGUAUCGUCUUUCACUUUUCUUUCUCGAGGAUAGCUAACGUUUGUAUGCACCUGGUGGUUUGUGCCAUGGAGUGGCAUCCUGGCAGUCGACUCACCUGAGGUGAUUGCUUCAAGCAUGAUUCUUCACUCCUUGUAUGACCAUGUAAUUUAUUUUGGGGAAUUUCCAUUUCCUAAACUCCCAGCUGUUGAAUUCCUGCAUUUCUUUAUCUUUUUCCUUUAAUAGGCAGGCAUUUAUAAUGAAACUGUUUGAUUUCAUUACUCUGGAA